AAUUGCUUUAAAAGCAGGGAUUCCAUUUGCAUUUUUAACGACCUUGACGUCCAUCGUCGUAUGUAAGUCAUACCUGACUAUAUACAUUUGUGAAGUUUCCAGAAGGCAAUAGUAGGUCGAAGCCGGAAGAUUGAGAGAGAGAGAGAGAGAGAGAGAGAGAUGACGAGGGGGAAGCAGAAGAUUGAGGCGCAGAAAAGAAACGCGGAGAAGAACCAGAAGUCCAAAGGCUCUCAGCUCGAAGCCAGGGCCGUCGCUCUCAAAUCCAGCUGCCCAAUCUGCAAGGUUCAACUUGCAAAUGGCAAACGAGAAGCUAAACUUUACUCCCGUGUUCUAGCUCUUCUGAGCUCACAUAUCUUCUUCUUUCACUUCUCAUUAUUUUUUACCAUUUUCUUUCUCCCCCUUUCUUCUUCUCUUCUUCCUGUAGGCGAAGAGAUGAGUAGCAUGGCGGCGGCGGGGUCGGGGGGAAAGGGGUGGAUGCAGAUGCCUUCGACGGCUGUAGCGGCGGAGAUGGGAUGGAGACAACCGUUCACAGCGGCGCAGUGGCGGGAACUGGAGCACCAGGCGCUGAUCUUUAAGUAUCUGGUGGCAGGAGUUCCAGUGCCUCCGGAUCUUCUAAUCCCUAUUCAACGAAGCUUGGAGGCCUUGCCGUCUCGCUUCUACCAUCAUUAUCCCGCGCAUUCGAGUCCAGUGGGCUAUUUUUCUUACUACGGCAAGAAGUUAGACCCGGAGCCAGGGCGGUGCAGGAGGACUGAUGGAAAGAAGUGGCGGUGCUCCAAGGAUGCACAUCCUGACUCCAAGUAUUGCGAGCGGCAUAUGCACCGCAGUCGCAACCGUUCAAGAAAGCAUGUGGAAUCUAAAAGCAACAUCUCCCCGCAGCAGUCUCAAUCGAAUAUAUCCUCUUCUUCAACUUCUACAUCUCAUGUGGCUUUGGGGAGCAGUGGAAGCUUCCAAAACAUUUCAAUGCAAUCUGCUAUGACUGGUGCAAGCAAAACUCAGGGUCUUUGUUCAGGCACUUCUGCUUCUUCUCACCUGCAAUCAGAUUCUCAACAUUAUGGCAAAGAGUACAGGUACCUUCAUGGAGCUAAGAUUGAUCUGGAUAAGCACAACUUUUUCUCGGAAUAUCCUGGAAGCUUACAGACUGACCUCAGCGUGAAUUCUUCACCAGAUAACUCAUGGGGCCUCAUGCCAUCCCAAGUCCCUUCGUUUUCCAUCUCAAAAGGAAAAACCAGUAAUCCAUAUGGCCAUUAUUCAUCCCAGCUUCAUGCAAUGCAAAAUCUGAAUGAAGUAACCAUGAGAUCAAUACCAAAACAGCAGGAGCAGCUGCAUUCCUACUUCAAAAGUAAUUUUGGCUUACCCGACCCAGCAAAGCAGGAAUGUCAGGGUCUUGGGACUGCAUUUAAUGAGUGGCCCAAGGCAAGGGAAUCAUGGCUGGACUUGAAAGACGAGCAUUCAGAGAGAAAUUCCUUCUCUGCUACUCAGCUCUCGAUUUCGAUCCCAAUGGCCUCUUCAGAUUUCUCCACCACUACUUGCUGCUCUCCAAAUGAUGAUUGAAGGGAAAUGUUAGCUCAGUCCUCUUCUAGAUGAAGUCUUUGCUCUACCUCUAAUGGUAGAGAAUUUUGUGCUGUAUGAUUUGGUUACAGGCUGGGUUAACUCCUACGCAGUAUAUUAGUGUCAGGGGAUUUCUUUUGUAUCUCUCAACUUUGUUUGUACUAGUAACUUGAUAUUAGAACUGUAUUUUGCUAACCAUGUAUUAUUUGUAAUGUCUGCCAGGAAUGAAAAUUGCUUUUAAAGGGCCUAGAGGUACGAAGUAUUAAGUAUAUAUUCUUCUUUGAAGUUCUA